AUGGGAAGACAACAUGAGGAUUUGGGAGUUUGUUGCGGAGAUAAUCGGGUGGUCGAUAAUGUGCGAUACGAAGCACUUCGAGGGGGCGAGGCCGUGGCUGGGCGACUUCAGGGA